CAUUGUUGGCGUUAAGGUUAAGAUUUAAAAACAAUACUAUGCAAUAUUUGGAAAUCGGUUUGACAAAAUCAACGAAUAAAUUCUGUGGAAAAAAAUAUCAGUAAUUUAACAAUAAUUCAAUAAAUUCAAUUACAAAUAUAUGUUCAGAGAGAAUAAAUAAAUGAAAAUGAUCUUUAAACACAUCACACAAAUGUGUAAAAAUGCAAAAGGCUGUAAUAAGUAUAACAUUUUAAGGCUCACCCCUUCCGCCAUUAAUCAAGUGCACAGAUUUUAUUCACAAUUUCCAUUGAGAAUUCAAAAACCAAGACAAUCCAUUGGCUUUUAUUCAUAUGAGAAAUGCAAUCAGAUACGUUGUGCCAGCAUCAAUGUGGAUAGCACAAUAUCAGAAAACAUUUCAUCAAAAUACAGAGAAUUAGAGGCGAAUUUUAAAUGGCGAGCCGAUCCAGUAAUCACAACACUUGAUCCAAAGAAACUUGAAUCGGUACUACAAGGAGAGGAAAUGCUCGAAUUGAUUGAGCUUUUUAAGAAAAACGGUUAUGAACUUCGCAUUGCCGGUGGUGCCGUCAGAGAUUUGCUAAUGAAUGUCGUACCAGCAGAUGUUGAUUUCGCAACAACUGCAACGCCAAAACAAAUGGUAAAAAUGUUUUGGAAGCAGAAUAUUCGUACGAUCAAUGCGCAUGGUGAAAAAUUCGGAACUGUUACAGCUCUCUUCCCAAAUGAUGUACGCUUUCAAGUGACGUCACUACGGAUUGACGUUCAUACAGAUGGAAGAUAUGCGGAUGUUGAAUUUACAACCGAUUGGUUGCUGGAUGCUCAUCGCCGCGAUUUCACCGUCAAUUCCAUGUUUCUUGGCUUUGAUGGCAAAGUAUACGACUAUUUAUUUGGCUACGAAGAUUUGAAAAAUCGUCGAAUCGUCUUUAUCGGGGAACCAGACAAACGGAUUAAAGAGGACUAUUUACGAAUUAUGAGAUAUUUUCGAUUCUACGGUCGAGUGUCAGAUAGUCCAAAUAAUUUUGAUGCGAACAUCAUCAAAGCAAUUUGUGAAAAUAUUGAUGGUUUGCAGGAUAUCAGUGGACCACGUAUUUGGUGUGAAUUGAGGAAAACGUUAAUUGGAAAGCAUUGCUUUGACAUUUUUGCAAAGAUUAUUGAAUGCGGCGCAAGUCAAUAUAUUGGUCUGCCCGCUUCGGUUAACUGUGAGAAUUUACUCCGUUUGAAGAAAACUUUUGAAACAACAUUCAAAGAUGUUGCCAUCCAUCCGACUACAAUCGUUUCUACAGCACUUAGUUCAAAAGAUGAUGCAAUUCAUUUGAAUACCCGCUUCAAGCCCACAGCAUUUGACCGAGAUCUGGCCAUUUUUCUGGCGGAAAAUAAAACGAAAACGGGUGACAUUGAUGACUUAUUUCACUACCAAAAGUUGUGCAUACCGCAGAAUAAACGUUCGUCUAAAAUCUCAAAAGAGUAUACUCUUGAACUUUUGAAAUAUAACGACAAACGACAAAUCUAUGACCAACUAUUGGAAUGGGAGAUGCCAGAAUUUCCGAUCAACAAACCCAUUUUGUCGAAGCGUGGAUAUAAAGGAACCGUGGCAGAAUUAAUUCUGGAUAAACUGUGUGUCGCUUGGGCCGAUGGUAAAUUUCAAUUAUCAAAGGACGAACUGUUGGAGCAACACCUUACAACCAUCGCAGCAAAAGCUAUCGAAGAGCUGGAGGCUGAAAAAAAGUCAAAAAAAAAUCGAAAAAAAUUUACUGCACGACUGUAGAUUGUAUUUAAGGAAAUAGUUAUUAAAUUUGAUUUUGAAUGCAUUUUUUUUAUUAGUCAAUAAAAAAGAAGAUAAAACUUUGAUUUUUUUUAA